AUGUUCCUAGCAGCAACGAAUCGUUUAUCACUACCGUGUUGCUCAAACAAGCUUUAUUUGCUAGCAAAACCGGCGACUGUUUCCAACUCCACUUCACAAAGAAGGAAUGCGAGUCAACUACCACCAGCGAUUUCGAGCGUCUUUGAGUAUGCAGCCGAUUGUAACAUAACGCAAGCUAUGCAGUGGGGAAUGGAAGGAAUUCAUGCUGCUGGCGUGCCAUGGGCGGGCACGUUUAUAGUUUCAGGUAUAGCGCUGCGGCUACUCACUGCUCCGACACAUGUAUUGGCUGAAAAACUUUUUGCUAAAAGGAUUCACGCACAGAAUUUUUUCACUCAAGCGAUAUUAAAGAAAGUUUCGGAGCACUACAAAAUUGGUCUUUCUCCGACUGGAAUCCUCAAAACGGAAGAUCCUAAAGUUUUGGAUCAUACAGAAAAAUUGAUAAAAGAAAACGUUCCUGGUUACCUUGUUGAACAACGGCUACAAGCUUCACGAAUUCAGAACCUCAAAAUAUGUUCAGUACCAAUAUGGAUCUUUUCGUCAUUUGCUCUACGUAAUAUUAUCAAUGGUGAUUUUGCGCCGGCCGUUCCAGGAGCACUUUGGAUUCCCGAUCUACUCCUACCAGAUCCGUAUUUUAUUCUACCCGCCAUUGUUGGGUCAUUCGGGUUUCUGAAUCUUUGGGCUCAACGUAAAAUUUAUCCUGCGAUAGGGACAAGAAAGAAUUGGCUAAAAACCUAUGAUGCUUCUUUGGCUUUUAUGACUACUGCAGCUGUUUACAUUAUGGCACAUCUUCCAGCCGUUAUUCCGUUGUAUUGGCUUGUCGUUUCGAUUACGGGAUUCGCGCAAACCCAAAUGCUUCGUCAUCCAAGGAUCAAAUCAAUUUUUGAUAUCAAAAGGCUGCCAACAGAUUCAAAGACACCAAUCAGAGAUCUCUUUUUGACAAGAAAAAUGGCA